AUGACCGACAACUCCAACCCCGGAAAUUUCUCCAACCGCCCUCGCGAAGAGGUGCAGAACAUCGGCAAGAAGGGCGGCCAGCCCAGCCACUCAGGCGGAUUCGCCAGCAUGGAUCCUGCCAAGCAGCAUGAUAUUGCCUCCAAGGGCGGCAGAGCGUCUAGCGGAUCUUUCAAGCCUGGAGACCCCAAGGCUCGUGAAGCCGGCAGGAAGGGCGGUUCUCGCUCUGGUGGUGGAUAUCAGCAGAGUUUUGAUGAUCUGGAAUACCCUGAGGAGUAA